AUGUCCGCGAAUAAGGGCUGGUUCAACCUCGAGUCCGCAGGGUCGGGCAUCCCGGAGACGCAAUUCUUCGAGGGCGACUCGGCGUUCAAGUUUCUUGGGCUGUCUCGCACGACAAGAUUGUACGGCUUUGUCGGAUGUCUGGCGCUGGGAUUUCUCCUGAGCAUCCUAGGCAGCAUCGUGCUUUUCCUUGGGCAAAUAACGCUCUUCGCUUUCUUGUAUGGCCUGGGCACAGUCAUAUCGCUCGCGGGGACGGGUUUCCUCAUCGGCUUCUUCACGCAGCUAAAACUCAUGUUCAAACCCGUGCGUGUUGUGGCCACCAUCGUGAUGCUGGCCUCGAUCGGCAUGGUGUUUGUCGGCGCAUUCGUAUUGGGCAACGAAAUUUUAUGCAUCAUCCUCGUCAUCAUCCAGUUCCUGGCGUAUACUUGGUACAGCUUGUCCUACGUCCCUUACGCACGGACGGCCGUCAAGCGCAUGGUCGGCUUUGGCUAA